UAUAUACUUACCUUUACGAUUUUUGAAAUAUAUUACUUAUUGGGAACAAAAAAGAUGGAAUACGACGGCAACUCAUUCAAUACUCACAAAAUAAUAGUGUUUAAGUUGCUAUCAAAACUAAUUGAUAAAUGGAAUCAAUUUAAUAAACUACGCAUGGAAUACGCAAUAAAACUGUGUGAUCUGAAAAAUAAAACUGGUAUUUUAAUGUCCAAGUUCUCUACAAUCCAAGAUAAUUCGACUGAUAAUAUAGAGAUUGAUAUUCUUUCGGACGAGAUUGAAGAUAUUAAACGUCAUCACGCUGAAAUUAAUUUGUUUUUUUCCUCACACAAAGAGAAGGUUAUAGAUGAUGCCAAGGAAUUAGUGUUAUAUUUAAUAAUGGAAAAAAAUAAAGUAAUGAAAAUAUAUAAUGAAAUCCUAUUAAAUGAAAAACGUAAUAUCCUUCCUGAUCGAACGCACAAUUCUGAACAAUAUUAUUUGAGACCAAUAGUUGAAACACAAGUUUGCUUCUUUAUUUAUAUUAGAAGAAUCCGGAAAAUUGAAGAAAAACUCAUCCCGUUUUUUAAAAUCUUGUGUAUGAACGGAAUAAAUAUUAUAUCUCCCGCGGGGUGUUUGCCACUUUGGUUGCAUUCAGCUCGUGGCACUGAGAAUGUAGAAAAUUUUAUUGAUUCCAGCUAUGACGAAACUUAUUAUUUUAGUAGGUCAUGUGGUUUUAAAGAUGGAGAUAGUACGAGAGACAAUAUCUGUGAUAAUGUGAAUGAUUCAACAAAUGACUAGAAAAAAACAAUUCUAAAAAUUAUUCCAGCAUUAUUUCGGUAGGCGUGAUAUCUAUCAGAAUCGUAAAUGAAGCGAGUGUUAUCAUUGUUUCAAAAGAAUAUAUUAUAUACAUGUUAUAUAUUAUAGAGAGAUAAAUUUUCA